AUGACUCCUUCAUUCUCAACAACAACAUCAAACUCACCACAACAACAAACUGUUUGGCGUCAUUCUCGUAAUGCUUCUACCGAUCGUCCUUUUAUUCCUAUAGCAGAAACAACUCCCAUCUCUAUCAUGGUACUCGGAAAAACUGGUGAUGGUAAAUCUAGUUUAUUAAAUGACAUACUUGGUCAUCAAGUUUUCAAACAAAAAGCGUCAGUCAAGUCUCAAACACAACAAGUACUUGAACAUCAAGGUUUUUGGGCUCCUUUAGAUCCUUAUUUGCAUGGGAAACAAACUUUUGGCUGUCAUGUUCGUGUUUUCGAUACUCCAGGAUUUGGUGAUUCCCUUCAGCGUGACAAUCAAUUUAUUCCCAUGAUUAAGAAACAUAUUAUGGACGUGGUGACUAGGAAAAACGAACAAGAUGAACAUGGCAUGCAUUGUUUUCUGAUGGUAUUCAAAGUAACUACUAGGUAA